UUCCUUACUUUGAACAUUUAUUUCUUGAAGUACCUUGGUUACAUACUCAAAAUAGUGACUAAGUUUAAUGUUUAGACUCAAUGGCACAAAUUAUUAAGUAUGUUUCGUUGUUAUUAGGUUCUCGUAAAUUUUCUCCCUACAAGUGUCACCAUAUCUGAAAAUUUGAUCCAUUUGGAAACACAUCGUAGUUGAGCUAACAUGUUAUUUAAAUUUCUACAAUUCACUUCCUAUUUGGAAUCACUCAUGUAUCAUUAUGACAACUUCUUAAAAUCUCCUCUUUGUUAUGAAGUGUUGUUAAUUCUAUAAUUUGAUCCAUGAAAAUAGGAAGUGACAACUUCCUUUUCCUCUGGUGUAGCUUUCCUUACCAUUUAUUUUUCCCUUUUCUUUCCUUCCAUAUCCGGCUUAACUCAUAUCAUGAGGUUUUAAAAGCUGUGGUUUGUCACAGUCAAUGACGAUGCUUUUAUAUUAAAUUUAGCGCCUUGUUAUUUGCUGCUACAUCUGAGGUGAAUCAAGUUCUAUUUGUUUGAACUAUCCAUUUAAGCCUCAUCAGUUUUCUUCUUCUUUGGUGACUGAGGGAAGAACACUGUUAAAUUUGUUGGAGAAAUCGGAGGAAUAUACUAGGAAUUGGAUUGGUGCUGUGAACCAUUAAUGGAGUAGAAACAGGAGAUAUUUUUGGUCAGGCAGUUGUGUGCAUCUCAUCAUGGAGAAGGGAAAUGGAUGUUGCUUCUCCAUAAUGACAAUGCCUAAUCUUAUUGUCGUCCUCAUUGCCAUUAUCGUCAUCUUUGUUAUUCGUAUUUUGUUCGUUAUACAUCAAAGCAGGAAGCCUCUUCAUAACUUACCUCCAAAAGCUGUCAGCACCCUAAUUGUUCUAGGUUCAGGCGGUCACACGGCUGAGAUGAUUAAUCUCAUUCGUGUGCUUCAAAUGGAAAGGUUUACACCGCGAGUCUAUGUAGUAGCUUCAACUGAUAAUAUGAGUCUUCAGAAAGCUCAAGUACUGGAAGCCUCUAUGGUUGAUCAGGCAGGUCCUGACAAGCUAAAGGAAAAGGCUCAGUUCAUGCAAAUUUAUCGAAGCCGAGAAGUAGGUCAAUCAUAUUUAACAUCAAUAUGGACAACACUAGUUGCUUUGGUUCAUGCUCUAUUGUUGAUGAUAAAAAUCAGGCCUCAAGUGAUCCUAUGCAAUGGCCCCGGGACUUGUUUUCCUCUCUGCGUUAUUGCGUUCGUAUUUAAGGUACUUGGGAUUAGAUGGUCAUCCAUAUUCUAUGUUGAGAGUAUCGCAAGGGUGAAGAGGUUAUCUUUAAGUGGCCUUCUUCUUUACAAGCUGCAUAUCGCUGAUCUCAUUUUUGUUCAAUGGCCUCACCUACAAAAGAAAUAUCCCCGAACUCUCUAUGUUGGUUGUCUCAUGUAG